GAGUGGCCUUCCGCCUUAGAGACGGGGAAUUACUCAAACAUUCUUCAAAUUCAUAAACAAAUUUUUAAAAUAAUACAAGUGAUUUCGUUUUACAAAUUUAUUGUUUUUAUGUGAAUGGAUGUAAUUUAAUGGUGCUGUGCUGACCUGUAACGGAUUGAUACCAGUUCGAAGUCAUAUGUUGUGACUUGCUCCGUCUAUAACAAACCAUAAAUUUUAUUCAAACUUGGAAGUCCAAACUGAUAUCAAAAUAUUCAACACUUCUCGCGGUACUUAAGUUUCAAUACUAUAGUGAUAAAUAAUGCUUAACUGAAGAUGUUAGAAUGGUUGAUAUUAAAUUUUUUUUCUUAUCUUCUUGGUAUAGUUAUUAUGUAUAGUUUAUGCAUCAUGUGCGAUGUGUAUAGGAAUGGAAAACGCAAAACUAAUUUAAGUAUCCAACAUACCACAGAUAAAAUGGCAUUGGGCACCAAUUGUCUUCCUGCAUUUUGUGUAGAUGUAGAACUCCUUAAACCAAUGAUAAUAGAACCUUCAAAGAGAGUCUAUAUGAAACCAUGCAGAUAUUAUAAAAAAGUUUAUGAAAUUAAUGGUACAAUUUUCCGAGAAGGACUCACAGAAGUGGAAGAUGCCAGAUUGACUGCAUUUGAAGUACAGACUGGUGGAAAACCAGUGUUAACAGUUUUUGAAUCAAUAGACAUACAUUUACCGGUUACAAUCCAAAAGACUCUAUAUGGAUUUAUAAUAAAUACCAAAGUUCUACUAACAGCUGACCAAUGGAAUACAUUAGUGGAAUCCAGUGUUGCUCACAAAUGUUUAGUCUGUGAUACUAUAGUAGACAAUAAAAACGCUCACAUGGAUUCGUUUGAACAUAAAAGAGAGUUGGAAAAACAUCAGCCGUUGAAGAAAUUUGAUUUGAGUAUAACGCGAUUGAUUAAGAAUACGUAUCACUGCGGCGUGUGCAACGAUCGCUUUGGUACAGAUCAAGUUGGUGAGCACUUCAAGAGCAAUAGUCAUCGCGAAAACAUGUUGUUUGUGAGAAAAAAGGCUCGUGACGUCAUGUUUGACGCCAACACAAUACACACACACACAGACAAAUGCACACCACAGACUACAGAUGGCGGUAGUUACAAUCUUCCAGAAGUUUACGUCGAUGAACACAUUCUCAAGCCGACAAUGUUAAAUUAUUUAAAGGACGACCUUGAAGAAUCAUCAUUGUAUAAUGAUAAAGUUUACGAGACAAACGGGUCCAUCUUCCGCGAGUAUGUCACGAAAUCGAGAGAUAAAGGGAUAUUAACGGCGUUCGAAAUACGAACAGGUGGAAAAAUGAAGCUGACAAUUUUGGAAUCCUCUGAUAAACAUUUACCGAUUUCAAUCCAAGAGACUCCGUAUGGUUUAAUAAUAAAUUCCAAAGUGCUACUAACAACCAAACAAUGGAAUACUUUAGUAGAUCAUAAUGAUACUCAGAAAUGUAUAGUCUGUGGUACAACAGUAAGCGAUACAAGCAAUCAUGUGAAUUCGGAUGUACAUAAGAGAAAUUUGAAGAAAUAUCAGCCGUUGAAGGAAUUUGAUUUGAAUAUCACGCGAUUGAUUGAGGAUAUGUAUCACUGCAGCGUAUGCAACGAAAGCUUCGAUAUAGAUAAAGAUAGUGAACACUUCGCUAGCAAAAGUCACGUGCAAAACAUGUUGUUUGCGCAGAAUCGGAUGUCCGACGUGAUUGACGAUUUAGACACCCACUAUGGCUAUGAUAGAUACAACGGUACAAUAUGUUCAAAAAGGCAACAAACUCUGAGCGAAUUGAGUUCUAGCAGCGAAGAAGGUUUCUAUGGCUACUACAUCGACAAUGGUUUAUAUGUGGAUUAUAAAAAUAACGAAUACGGUAAUAUUGGGUCAUACGCAUGGGUAGCCAAGAGAACAUCUGGCACUCCGGAUUAUUUAGAUGUUACAAUAUUCGAGACACCGACGAAAAUGAAAUUCGACCAUUGGCAUAUGAUAAUAACAUUUAAAAGCCACAAACAAUAUUGCAUGGCGUGCAAAAAGUAUAUAGAGAAAGCGCAGAAGGGGAAACAUUGUCUAGAAGGAGGGCACUUGGCGAAACUGGAAAGCUUCAAAUUUGUUGAGGAUUACCGCUGCAGCUUUGUAAGGCAGACUGGUUCGAAUUAUUACCACUGUGGUGUAUGCAAUAAUCUACAAACUAUAUCGGAUAUAGAUGAACAUAUAAGGUUCAAACAUAAAACUAAAAUUAUACACGCUCUAGAAAUCUUUCGCGAAAGUCGGAAUGAUUGUACAAACGAUAAUACAAAUGCGAUAACUGAAAAAGAAAUUACUGAUGCCCAAAAAGGAACUACGCCACCAGCGAAUUUUAAUGUUCUACUCAAUGAAAAUGUACGAAUUGAUCAAGUUAAUGAAGAUCAAACCGAAAGACAAAAAACUAUAAAUGAAAGUAAUGAUAACGUAACACAUAUCUCAACAAUUAAUGCAACCAACGAUAUUAAAAUAGGAAAUGAAAAUAAAGGUGACCAAUUCAUCACGGAAGCAAAUACGAAUAAAGAUUUGAAAACUGAUAUAAAUGAUAAUAACGAUGACCAAAUUAACAUAGAAUCAAAUACAAGUAACAACACGAAAACUGAUAUAAAUGAAAAUAAAGGUGAAGAAACUAAAAUAGAAACAAAUGCGAUUAACGAUGUGAAAACUGAUAUAAAUGAAAGUAACGAUGACGAAAUGAACAUGAAAACAAAUACAAUUAACGAUAUGAAAAGUGAUAUAAUUGUGAGUAACGAUGACAAAAUUUCCUUUAAAACAAAUACAAAACACGACAUGAAAACUGAUAUAAAUAAAAGUAACGUUAACCAAACUAACAUAGAAACAAAUACAGGUAACGAUAUAAACACUGGUGUAAAUGAAAGUAACGAUAACCAAAUUAAAAUAGAAACAAAUACAGGUAACGAUAUAAAAACUGGUGUAAAUGAAACUCACGAUAACCAAAUUAACAUAGAAACAAAUAAAGAUAACGCUCUGGCAAUCAGUAACGAAAAUGAAUGUAACGAUAAGGAAUAUGAAAUCAAUAACGAAAAUCCCAGUAUUUUUAAUGAUAUACUAAUAAACAAAUUCGGUACUACACUGCGAGUGUCAUUUAUAUCGUAUAACUUGGUUAGCCGUAGACCAAAUGUUUAUCAUUGCUCUAUGUGUGAUAAGACGGCGUGUGAUACCGAUAUGACAUGUCAUAUUAAAGAGCCUUGUCAUGUAGUAAAGCUCAAGCAAUUACCUUUUCAGGAGAAAUCCUGCGUUAAUUUGAUCAGAACGGUUGGAUUGCAAAAUCACUGUACAAUAUGCAAUAUAAUAUUCAAAUCGAAUCAAACAGAAAGUCACAUUAUCGAGAGCAAUCACGUUAAAUGUCUGAGCGUAGCACUGGCAAUAAACAAACCUACAAUGCAUCCUGUUGCGUUGGGCGUGUAUCCUUUGCCAAUCCCUCGACCAAUGAUCCGGCCAAUAAUCAUAAACAACCAAAAACAAAUACCCCAUCCUACAGUAUUAACAAAUGUACGACCAAUGAUUCCUCCCACUUUGGCAAUCAAUCAAUGGCCAACACUUCCGCCACCAAGGGGCACGAAACCUUUGUUCGAUUCGCCAAUAAAGGAUUUAAAUCGAAACGCAAAACAGCCCACAACGGCUCCUAAAAAUUAUAAGAAUCCGUCCGAAACAUUUAUGAAUCAAGCCCCAGUUAGACAGCCUAAGAAUCGCACCAACAGCAUAAUUAAAUUAGAUACGGAACAGCGUGAAAUCGAUUCGAAUAAACGCAAUGCUAGUUUGCCUAUAUUGAAAAUUGUCGAACCUAAAAAUCAUACGAAUCAAGGCGCGACUGGUCUAGCUUUAAAUGAAAACAAUCAACAUACAGUCACCAAGCUUAAAAUAGAUACGAAAAAAGACGACGGCAAAAUAGAAUCCGUAGUGGACAUGUUGGAUGUGGAUGAAUCAUUAAGCGACGCCGAUGACGACUAUGAUUUUUUUAAUGAAAAAUUCGUUUAUUUAAAAUUCAAAAAUACAUUCAUACAAGUUAGUUUGGUUUCUUACAAUAGUUUGGUUAACACUGGGGACGGUACGAGAUAUUGUUUUGUAUGUAUGCUACGUAUUUGCGGCUCUUUGAAGAAACACGUCGAAAGUAAGAACCAUGAAAAAUGUAUGGACGAAUGCAAGUUUGUGAACAAGUAUGACAGACACCUUUUACGGCAGAUGUUCCUUAACUACCACUGUAGCGUAUGCAAUAUAAUUAUUACAAGGAAAUAUGUAAAUCAGCACAUAGCAUGGCCGCUGCACGAGCCAGACACAAAGACAGACAAGAAAACUAGGAGGACCCAUAUAAAAGCGGGCGGCAAAAUACAAAAUAUAACGUUCCAAAACGAGGCGAUAUAUCCCAAUGAGAACGAGACCGACAUCAAAGUAUUGGUUAAAAUAGAAAUUAAAGCGAACUCCCAAAACGUAGAGCAAAUACAAAAGAAGAAUAAAAUCAUUCUCUUUGGUCAGAAAGUGUUGAAGAUAUCCUGGGACUCGUAUCACGGUUUUAGUAAACACAGGGGCGGCAACCGGUGUAUGUUGUGUGUGAGUGACGUCAGAGGUUACGAACUGAGCGCCCAUAUCGGUAGCGAGAUUCACCGGGGACACCUCGACCAUUUCGAAGUUAAUCAUCUGCCGCAGCUGAUUCGGAAGGUGAACGAAUCUACGCUAAACUGUGUUAUUUGCAACGUGGAAGUGGUGAAUAAAGAGCAUAUUAUUACUGAACAUCUGUGCAGCAAGCGACACAAGAAGAAUUAUGAUGGCAUACUGCUUGAAAACGCCACUGCUGACAGUUACGCCGAUUGCAACGAAGACGUUCUAAACCUCCAUAGCAAUAGAUUCCAAAGACGCCAUAUUAAAAAAUAAAGAGGUAUGGACUAAAUGAAAACACUAUCACCAUUAUGUACAUUAAUAAAUAAUCACUAUUUGAUGUUCAAAGAAUUGCUUUAAGUGUAAAAAAACAGGCCUUCAAUGUCCUCGAAAAGAAAAAAAAAGUCAUACUUUUUAAAAUAAUAAUUAUAGAUGUUUAUAAAAAAAAAAAAAAAGACACCUUCCAAAUCUGCGUAAAUUCAAAUUCAAAUUUAAAAUUCGUAACUGACAGUUAUGCCGUUUCACAAACGCCAUAUUAAAUAAUGAAAAAGCUGUUACUAUUAACUACAUUAAAAUACUUACUAUUAGAUGAAAGAACUGUAAAAAAACAGGCCAACGUUGCAUUCAAUAUCCGAGAAAAGAAAAAAAAAAGAAAACUUACUUUUUAAAAUAAUUAAGUAUAGACAUUUAUUAAAAAAAAAAAACAAAAGGACACCUUACAAAUGUCUCUGCGGCAAGACAUAACAAAACUACGAUGGCAUGAUUCACAAGCGCCAUAUUAAAAAAUAAAGAGGAAUGGACUAAAUAAAAAGGCUAUAACUAUUAUUUACAUUAAAAUAUUUACUAUUAAAGGUUUAAAAAAAAAUGCAUUGGUAUAAAAUGUCAUAAAUACAAAAAAAAAGGCCAUCGGCCCGCAGAUUGACAAAAAUAUUCACAAAACUAUAUUUAAAAAAAAAAAAAAAACUACAAAUAAACUCAAAUUCAAAUUUAAAAUUCAUUUAUUUCAAGUAGGCCAUUAGGCCUAUAAGCACUCCAAUCUGUCUGUUCGUAGUGACUCUACCACCGGUCCGGAAGGCAGAUUCUACCGAGAUGAAGCCGGCAAGAAACUCAGCAGUUGCUCUUUUCCAACAUCAAAAAUUUACAUUUUACAAUUUAACAUAAAUUUUUAGUAUAUACUAGUAUUUUAAUAACUCAAUUAUAUGUCUCUCACCGUUAAGGCAGCGUUCGUAAGAAACAUUUUCUUUCUACCGUUUUUUCUCCGGGUUACUUUACAAUUCUGACUACCGUGAAAAGUUUUUACAGUUUUAAGGUUAAUAUAUAGCCUGUGGCAAUCAUAAAUAAUGUGGCUUUACAUUGGUGAAAGAAUUUUCAGAAUCGUCUCUGUAGUUCCUGAGAUUACCCAUGACCAUCUCAGUAACUCACAAACUGUACCUGUUAAUAUUACAUUCUCUUCUAUAAUUUAGAAUAGAUAAAAACGAUUAUUUUUAAAGUAUUUGUCCCAAAAAAUUACAAAGAAAAUCAACAAU